AUGAUCUACUAUCGCGUCCUUUUCGCUUUAAGUGUCUUUUUGUCAUUCACUCCAGCCGUUGAUGCUGCUGUGACACUGAGCACGAUUACCACCAUUCAGGAUGGAAGAACGAACUAUAUUGAAACAACUCUAGGUGGCGGUGCCGCUACUGCCAUUACUGGUACAGCUACUACCACUACUGGUAUAGCUACAGCCACUACUGGUACAGCCACUACUGGUACGGCCACAGCCACCACUGGUACGGGUACUACCACUACUGGCACGGCUACUGCUACCACUGGCACAGGUACUGCUACCACUGGCACAGGUACUGCUACCACUGGCACGGGUACUGCAACCACCGGCACGGGUACUCUUACCACUGGCACGGGUACUGCAACCACCGGCACGGGUACUCUUACCACUGGCACGGGUACUGCUACCACUGGCACGGGUACUGCUACCACUGGCACGGGCACUGCUGCCACUGGUACGGCUACUGCCACUACUGGUACGGAUACUGCUACCACUGCUGCCACUACUGGUACGGAUACUGCUAACACUGCUGCCACUGGUACCUCUACUACAAAAUCAGUAGCCACCGGCACAAGACCUGAUCCAACCACAGAUGCUACUUCAUUACCCGCUUCUGCUGUCACUACUUUAUCCAUCGAAUCGUUCAUCACUAUGACCGAAGUGUCGACCACUUAUACUACCACAAGAGCCCCUACUUACGUCUGGGUUACUUACACGACAGCUGGCCGUACCAUCACAACAUCUACUACUUUUGUUCAGAGAUAUCCUUCGCAUUAUAUUACGGGUGCGCAGCCUUCCUCUGGAUCGGUGGGUUUGGGCUCUUUAAGUGGAGAGGUGGGGCAAGUUAAGACCGCACAGGUUAUUACAGUCUCUAACGCUGCCAAUGGGUUUUCGGUGGCCUUCCCAAUGGUGGGUGGGCUAUUGGCAAUGAUGUCUUGGAUUCUAUAA